CCGUCCUCUGCUUCCCCUGAUAAUAUAGUGAGCCUUUCACUCAUCUAGAGAGAGAGUAAUUCAUCACUUCUAGAGAGAGAAACCGAGAUAUUAUCUUCUCUCUCUCUCUCUUACUUCAAUUACAGUUCUUCAUCAAUCAAGCAUUCAUAGCAUCAACGGUUAUUCAGUUAUGGCAAGCAAUUACUUCGGUGUUUUCGUCUCAGAUCCAUGGCUACAGAAUCAGUUUACACAAGUCGAGCUUAGAAGCUUGAAAUCGCAUUUUCUGACGAUGAGGAGAGAAACCGGAAGCCUCACGCUUGGUGAUUUGCCAUCGAGGAUGUCAAAACUGAAGAACGUAGGAGAGAAUCUCACUGAAGAUGAACGAGCUGCGUUUCUUCAUGAUUCGUAUCAGAAUUUAGGCGAUGAAGUUGAUUUCGAACUCUUUCUUCGGGUUUACUUGAAUCUCCAAGCCCAUGCAACCUCGAGAAUGGGAAAGGGUGCGAAAAACUCAUCCGCAUUCCUCAAAUCGCCUACAUCUACCCUGCUUCACACCAUUAGUGAAUCUGAAAAAGCUUCAUAUGUUGGACACAUUAAUAAUUAUCUUGGAGAAGAUAGCUUUCUAAAGAAGUUCCUUCCUAUUGACCCUUCAACUAAUGAUCUGUUCGAGAUCGCAAAAGACGGAGUUCUUAUCUGUAAGCUUAUUAACGUGGCAGUCCCGGGGACAAUUGAUGAAAGAGCGAUUAAUACUAAAACGGUCCUUAAUCCAUGGGAGAGAAAUGAGAAUCACACUCUAUGCCUUAACUCUGCCAAAGCGAUAGGAUGCACUGUGGUUAACAUAGGAACACAGGACUUCAUUGAAGGAAGGCGGCAUCUUGUGCUUGGAGUGAUAUCUCAAAUAAUUAAAAUACAAUUACUUGCAGACCUCGAUUUGAAGAAAACGCCUCAGUUGGUAGAAUUAGUUGGUGAUAAUCAGGAUGUGGAGGAGCUUAUGAGUCUGCCACCAGAAAAGAUUCUGCUUAGGUGGAUGAAUUUUCAUCUAAAGAAGACAGAAUACAGGAAAACAGUUACAAACUUCUCAUCUGAUGUGAAGGAUGGAGAGGCUUAUGCAUACCUCUUAAAUGUUCUAGCUCCGGAGCAUAGUAAUCCGUCAACAUUGGUUGUUAGAGAUCCUUUCAAAAGAGCAACAUUAGUUCUUGAACAUGCUGAUAGGAUGGGUUGUAAGAGAUACUUGACUGCAAAGGACAUUGUAGAAGGUUCUCCCAAUCUUAAUCUUGCCUUUGUGGCUCAUAUUUUCCAGCAUAGGAAUGGAUUAUCAACCCCAGAAAAACCAGUAUCAUUCCUCGACGUAUCACCAGAUGAAGCGCAAAUCAGCAGAGAAGAAAACGCUUUUCGUUUCUGGAUUAACAGUCUUGGUGUAGCAACAUACAUCAACAAUGUCUUUGAAGAUGUCAGAAACGGGUGGGUACUACUGGAAGCACUUGACAAGGUAUCACCAGGAAUCGUUAACUGGAAAAUUGCAAACAAGCCACCUAUCAAGAUGCCAUUCAAGAAAGUAGAAAACUGUAAUCAAGUUGUUAAAAUUGGCAAACAGUUGAAGUUUUCAUUGGUGAACAUUGCUGGAAACGAUAUUGUUCAGGGGAAUAAAAAGUUAAUACUGGCUUAUUUAUGGCAGUUGAUGCGAUUCAACAUGCUACAGCUUCUUAAGUACUUGAGAUCUUAUUCGCUCGGGAAGGAAUUCACUGAUUCCGACAUAUUAGAUUGGGCUAAUACCAAAGUCAAGAGCACGGGAAGUCAGACUUGUAUGAAAAGUUUCAAGGACAAGAGUUUAUCAGAUGGAAUAUUUUUCCUUGAACUACUUAGUGCUGUGCAGCCUCGGAUUGUUAACUGGCGCCUCGUUACCAAAGGGCAGACUGACGAAGAGAAACAAAUGAAUGCAACAUAUAUCAUCAGUAUCGCCAGGAAAAUGGGCUGUUCAAUAUUUUUGCUACCUGAAGACAUAAUCGAGGUAAACCAGAAGAUGAUGUUGACAUUAACAGCAAGUAUAAUGUACUGGUUCUUCAAACAACCAAUUGAAGAUCAAAGAUCGUGUGGAUCAUCAGAUAGUGAUAUUGGUAAUCAACUUGAGACGAGCUCAACCUCCACGACAUAUGACACUGAGUCCGAAUCAUCGACAGACUGAGAUUGCCAAACAGAUAAGUUUUCAGUUUCAAGUUCUUGUAGAGUAAUUUACAAUUCUUAUCUGUAUUUUUUAUUUUUUUGUUGCACUAAAUUUUUGUAUCCAGAUAAGUGGAACUAAGUUGGUUUCGUUCCAAGUGCAGAUUUGCUUAUAAGAAUAUAUUUGUGUAUAUAGUUACAGAAUUGUAUUUGAAUGGAAAUGGUAUCUUGCUUUUUUUUUUCUUUA